AUGGCUCCUCCUAGCGUUUUGAUGGUCGGCACCGGCGAGUACACCACUGGCUUUGUCGGUGGUGGUGCUUCUGGAUCAGACAAAAAGGUUGGCGUGGUAGGCCUCACACUGUUUGAUCUGCGCCGACGAGGCAAGGUUGGCGACCUGAGCAUGGUCGGUGUGUCGGGCAAGAAGUUCCCCGGAAUCCGCGACCACCUGCACCGCAACAUCUCACAAGUCUACAACAACCUCGACACCUCAUUUGCCUCAUUCCCCGCAGACGACCAGACCGACCCAGAUGCCUACAAGACCGCAAUUGACGCCCUUCCCCGUGGCUCCGCCAUUACCAUUUUCACUCCCGACUCAACCCACUACCCGAUUGCCUUGUACGCCAUUGAGCGCGGGCACCAUGUGCUCAUCACCAAGCCCGCAACCCAGCGCCUAGGCGACCACCUCUCCCUCGUCGAGGCCGCGCGCAAGAACGGCGUCUUCGUCUUCAUCGAGCACCACAAGCGUUUCGACCCUGCAUACUCCGAUGCGCGCGCCAAGGCCAAGACUCUCGGUGACUUUAACUACUUCUACAGCUACAUGAGUCAGCCCAAGAGCCAGCUCGAGACUUUUAAGGCCUGGGCCGGCCGUGAUUCUGAUAUCUCUUACUACCUGAACUCUCACCACAUCGAUAUCUGUGAGAGUAUGGUUCCUGAAUACAAGCCCGUGCGGGUCACAGCUACUGCUUCCCAGGGUACCGCUGCUGCACUUGGCUGUGUUCCCGAGACUGAGGAUACUAUCACUCUUUUGGUUGAGUGGCGCCGUCGUGAUGAUCCAUCAAAGAUUGCUACCGGUGUCUACACUGCCAGCUGGACCGCACCUCAGAACGCUGGUGUCCACUCCAACCAAUACUUCCACUACAUGGCCGCCAACGGUGAAAUCCGUGUGAACCAAGCAAAGCGCGGCUACGACGUGACCGGCGAUGACCAGGGUCUGAUCUGGGUGAACCCAUUCUAUAUGCGCUACGCUCCUGACGAGGAGGGCAACUUCAGUGGACAGACCGGAUACGGCUACAUCAGCUUCGAGAAGUUCAUUGAUGCCGUGACUGCCGUGAACGAGGGCCGCGUGACCCUUGAUCAAUUGGACGCUCGUCCUCUGCCCACUCUCCGCAACACAAUUGGCACAACUGCUAUCUUAGACGCUGGACGUAAGUCGCUGGAUGAGAGGCGCCCGGUUGAGAUUGUCUCUGAGGGACAUCACUGGGAACUUAAGUAA